CCAAGACGAAGACGAAAACGUCAAGUCCAUGUCAAGGUGAAAAGGAUAACCUUUAACCUGCUUUAACCUUGUUUCAAAGUCAGUUUAUGAGACCCUUUUUAUGAAUUUUUACUAAUAAAGUCUACUCGAGCUCCAUUUGAUCCAUUAAUUCCAUCAAUAUCCUAGUGAAGCCGAAUUAUCCACGAAUAAUGUUGAAUAAUUGUUUUAAAAUCUUAUCCAGAACAGCUGAAACUCCUCAGAAGCUGAUGUCAUUGCUGGGGGUAUCAAAAAACAACUAUGCGACCGAGGCUACAUUUGAAACUAAGCCGUUUAAACUACAUAAACUGGAAGAUGGACCAUCUACUACGGUUACAAUUUCAAGAGAGGAAGCAAUAAAAUUCUAUAAGCAAAUGCAAACCAUCCGAAGAAUUGAAACAGCUGCUGGUAAUUUGUACAAGGAAAAAAUCAUUAGAGGAUUCUGUCAUCUGUAUUCUGGACAGGAAGCAUGUGCAGUAGGGAUGAAAUCAGCGAUGAGAGACCAUGACUCCAUCAUCUCCGCCUACCGUGUCCACGCCUGGACGUAUCUAAUGGGAGUGUCUGAGUUGGGAGGGUUGGUUUUUGUAACAUAAUAGUUUGUAUUUAUCAGGAAGCAUGUGCAGUAGGGAUGAAAUCAGCGAUGAGAGACCAUGACUCCAUCAUCUCCGCCUACCGUGUCCACGGCUGGACGUAUCUAAUGGGAGUGUCUGUGUUGGGAGUGUUAGCUGAACUGACAGGUCGAAAGUCUGGCUGUGCUAGAGGCAAGGGUGGCUCUAUGCACAUGUACUCUCCCAACUUCUACGGAGGCAAUGGCAUUGUUGGUGCUCAGGUGCCUUUGGGAGCAGGAGUUGCAUUUGCCUCCAAGUACAAAGGCCAAGAUGGAGUGUGUUUUGCUCUGUACGGAGACGGAGCGGCCAAUCAGGGUCAAGCGUUUGAAGCUUACAACAUCGCCAAGCUGUGGGACAUUCCUUGCAUCUUUGUUUGUGAGAACAACGGCUAUGGAAUGGGCACCAGCGCGGAGAGGGCCUCCGCCAGUACAGCCUACUACACUCGAGGAGACUACGUUCCUGGCAUCUGGGUUGAUGGCAUGGAUGUAUUAGCUGUCAAGUCAGCUAGUCAGUUUGCAGUAGAUUAUUGCAAGUCAGGCAAGGGUCCUCUAUUGAUGGAGACUGCCACCUACCGCUACAGUGGACAUUCCAUGAGUGAUCCUGGUACUUCCUACCGUACUCGAGAUGAGAUUCAAGAGGUUCGCCAGACUCGAGACCCCAUCACCUCAUUCAAAGAUAAGAUUCUCAACUCAGGCCUUGUAACUGCCGAAGAACUUAAGAAAUUCGAUGGGGAAAUUAAGGCCCAAGUUGAUGCUGCUGUGAAAUCUGCCAAAUCUGACCCAGAAAUAGGAAUGGAUGAACUUCCUGCUGAUAUUUAUGUUGAGAACUUGGAAGGCAAGAUCCGAGGAGUUUUACCAUGGCAGCUUCUGGACCACAAGCGUAUUGGCCCAGCUGUCAACGCCUAACUCUGCAUAACCCUCGCAAUAACUACACUCUGUUACAACCAGGCUAAUCAGUGAAACAUGGUACAAACUGCAAACCUUUUGUAGCGUUGGUAUGAGAAUUAUGUGUUCAAUAUAGGAUUAUUAAUGUAAAUAAGCUUUGUACAAGGUAACAGUUACCGGACUAUUGUGUUUUAUAAAUUUGUUAUUUUGUUAUUCUUUUGGUGUAUACAAUAGAAAUUUUACAAGUUUUUAUCUGAAAAAAAGGAAUUUCAUUUGAGAAGAUCAAUACAGCACAACCUUAUGUGUCAAAUACACAAUAUUUAAAGUCAACUAAGUAAA